AUGUCAAGAGUGGUUCAUGAUAGAUUGGAGACUGUGCUACCUCAGUUGAUUUCUAUUAAUCAAGCAGGUUUUGUUCAAGGGAGAAGCAUUAUUGAGAAUGUGCUAUUGGCACAAGAAAUAGUGAUAGACAUCAGAAAAAGGGGUAAACCAGCAAAUGUAGUGAUCAAAUUCGACAUGGAAAAAACCUAUGAUAGAGUAUCUUGGUCAUAUUUGAUUAAGGUACUCAGCAGAAUGAGAUUUGCUAGUCAAUUCAUUGACAUGAUUUGGAGGUUGAUUGCAAAUAAUUGGUAUUCCAUCCUGUUCAUUGAGGUGUUAUCAAGAGCUCUAAAUGCAGAAUUUGACAAUGCUGAGUAUGUGGGAUAUGGCAUGCCUAAAUGGAGUCAAAAUGUCAAUCAUCUGGCUUAUGCAGAUGAUACUAUAAUAUGUGCAUCUGCAGAAGGGGAGUCAUUGAAGAGAAUUAUGAAGAUACUGCAGGAGUAUGAGGCAAUUUCAGGUCAGCUGCUCAAUAAAGGCAAGAGUGCCUUUUACAUGCAUCACAAGAUUUCUGGUGCAUUGUCUCAGCAGGUGGAGCAGAUUUGUCAUGACGCAACUAGGGGCCGCGAUGGGAGGAAAAAUGUAUAUUACAAUGACCUUAUCAAGAAGGUGAAAAACAAGCUGCAAAAUUGGAAAGGAAAAUUGCUCUCCUUUGGUGGAAAAGCAGUUCUUAUCAAUAGUGUGCUUCAGAGUUUUCCAAUAUACAUGUUGUCAGCUGUUGUUCCAACAAAAUAUAUACCGUUAAUGAGCUUCAUAAAAUCUUUGCAAGGUUUUACCUGGAGCACUAAGGAAGAAGCCUUUAUGUGGAAUAAAUAUUGUAAGAAGAAGAAGCCUAUAGAAGUGCAGUGGAAAGGUGGAUCACAAGUGUGGAAAAGAAUGAUAGAAGCAAGGGAUCAGGUGGAUCAACAGAUAUGGUGGGAACCUAGAAAUGGAGAAUGUGAUGUAUGGGAAGAUAAUUGGACUAAACUUGGUUCACUCAAACAGGUAAUACCACCAGAUUUUCAGAUUGACACCAGCAUUGAAGAAGUAUCACACUUUUUUAAUGCAGAAGGCUGGGAUGUACAGGAAUUGCAUAAAAAACUGCCAAGUAAUGUGUGUGAUCAUAUCCUACAAGAGUUGAGUAUAGUGGAGCAUUCAGAGGAGAAAGAUAAAGCCUGGUGGAUAUCUAGUACUACAGGAGAUUUCACUGUAGGGAGUGCUUGGAAUUUGCUAAGGAAAAAGGCUCAAACAUCAGCUCACUUCUCCUAG